AUGGCUCCAAAAAUCUCACACAACAAUUUCUUGAUUUUCUUGCUCUUCUUCUUGCUUUGGCUCCUUCACGCCAAUAUCCUCCACAGAUUCCCCGCCUCGCUCAAACAUCUCAUGACUUUCCAAAACACGGAACCUCUCCUUAUUCUCCCCUCUCAAGAGCUCCAUCACCUCGAGCAUAAUGGGCCUCUUCUCGGGCUGGCUGUGUGCGCACACAAGCCCGAUCAAAACAACCCUCUUCAAUUCUUCCUCCGAAUACAUCCCACUCAGCUUUGGGUCCGCCAGCUCAUCAAACUUCCUCUCGCGGGCCAACGGCAGGGCCCAUUCGGUGAUGGGCCGCCUGGGCUUGCGGCCCGUAACAAGCUCGAGCAAGAGUAUUCCAAAACUGUAGACAUCGCAAGCCUCGGAGGCCUUGCCAAGCAUUGCGUACUCAGGAGCGAGGUAGCCAAGUGUGCCUUUGAUAUUGGUGGUCACGAGGAUGUUGCUGGCCUUGAUGUCUCGGUGGAUGAUGUGAGGGGUUGCAUGGUGAACUUACGCAAUGCCCUCGGCAGCCCCAAUAGCAAUUUCCAGCCUUCUGGCCCAGUCGAGAUGACACUCGGCCGAAUGCUGCCCGUGAAGAUGAGAGACGUUCUUGACCUUCCGAACAAUAGCCACGUAAAGUUAGUAGAUUCUUAUGCCGCACACGAGCAAGAAUCUCGACUUCAACAGAAAACUCCACCUCUGCUUUGUUACUCCAUGAUUUUAGCCUUUUUACUGCUAUCUGUUGAAGUGUGA